AUGCUGCUCACUGAACUUCCUCUUGAUGUUUUGGAGCUCGUCUGCAGCGAUCUGGAUGCCCACAGCGCUGUCGCGUGCGGGCUCGUAUGCAGGCUGAUGCAUCGGGUCGUCACUUCAUCGCUGCCUGUCCAGUACAACAUCGGGCUGGCUAUGCGUGGCAUGCGCCAAGGGCUGAGCGAGGCAAUCAGUCUUGCAGAGAGACUGAAGAACCUUGAGCGCCUCGAAGUGGCAUGGCGCGAAGGCUCGUGGAAGGAGACUUUCAGGCAUGAACUCCGCAUUCCGACGCACUACGACCAUGUAUGCCACGCCGAUGAAUACGUUCUCACUUGGAUACCUGAGGAUGGGCAGGUGCACAUCGUCCGUCUACCCUCUCCGCUUCGCGGGAUCGCUCUUGAGGAGUAUCGUUGGGAGUUCAUCCCACCCGAGGACGUCGAUCCUCGUCGCCGCAUCAUCACUUUGCUGGAUCCACCGAAUAAUCUGGCGAUGUUUGUCGUCACGACGUGGCAUGGUCCUCAGGGUAAUGAUCAAAGGUUGGCUCUGCACCCUUUUGAGCUUUCGUCGGGAAACACGCCGGCAGCUAUGUUGCCACAUACCACUGUUGUUCUCCAAGAAAAGCGCUUCACGUACUGGAAACCCGUCCUACGCGGUGAAUUGCUUCUCAUGGAGCUCGAUCAGUCCGAUGAGUCUCAAGGUAUCAUGGUUUAUAACUGGGUAACCCAGAAAAGGGUAUUGCUGGUCAGGCGUGCCAUGUCGUUUGUCACGUUCUUGGACGACAAUCGUAUAAUUGCCAGCUUCCUACGCAAAGUAAAGCUUCAGGGCGCGUAUCCCCGUCUGCGCAUCUACAAUCUGUCCGAACUUGACACGGACGGACAAGCACGGGCGACUCACGACUUCGAUCUACCACUCAGGUCUGAUAUCAAGCUGGAACCCGGCUGGUUCCGGAUCGGACGAGAAUGCGGUUACCCUGCAUAUGCUUCUGGGGGCUCCUACUUCUCUGACGACGAUGAGGCGGUGGUCUACUUCUCCCCUUCGGUCAUGAUACGUAGAAAACGGUACACGCUGGAGAUGUACCUAUGGAUGUCUGAGAUAGGGCGCAUCGCUGCAAGUCUGCCGGGAUCACAGGACACGAUUGUCAUCCCGUGGAGUACUUGGGGACAUGCCGCUAGACUUGCUUUGCAACCUAGCCAGACUACCCACGUCAUGCCGGAUGUGGUGGGGACCCGAGGGUACACGCUCUGCAAAGACGAAGCGCGAUCAUUCCAUGUCUACGAUCAUCAUCGCGCUCGCGUGCGCCGCGCGCGUUCUCAACCGUCCACCGAUGCAUUCACGAUCAAACAGUACCCUCCCUUGGACUUGGCGGUUCUACGAGAGGGCGAGAUACAGCCAGGCUCGCCGGCCAUCCCUCUGUCGUCUGAGCACGUAGAUCAUCUGAUCAAAUUGCCUAUCCCCAGCUCUUCUCCGCCGCCCUACGAGUUUGUCCUCUCGGGAGAUGUUAUCCUCGUUCGGGAGCAAACUGAAAAGUAUCACGGCCAUACGAAGGCCAUAGCGGCGUAUUCGCUCGUGUAG